UGCAGUUGUUUUAGAUUCAGUUCGUGAUGGAGACUACAGACCACAGAAUCUAGAGGUGCAGAUGGUUGUAUCUCCCUCCGGUUAAUAUAUACAUUAUCUAUAUAGUGUUGCGAAUUCUCUGCAGCCGUGUUUCAAAAACAAUUAAAUUCAUUUCACUAUAUACCCACAUCACCGGUAUAGAAUAUUUCUACGAGUGAUCUUCCGAGCUCCGGCUAGCUCCUGUGCGUGGCGACAAUUCAUCCCUUCGGACUCCGCGAUUUUUUACCACGCGGUCGGCUUACAGAAACUGACCAUACAAAGAAUACAGGUACACGGACAGCCGUUCGGGGAUUCAAAUUCCUUCUGCCGCAAGAUGUUUAGCAAUCUUUGACGAUUUUUUAAACAAUCACGAAUUUAUGGACCGUUCGGUACACGGUUGGUCGUCCUUCCCGGAGAUGAGAUGAGCUUGGUCGAUGGUAGGCGACGCGUUGAGGGCCGGAUGUUGGUCAAUUCGAUCGUUUCAUUGAUUCAUUGGUCCAACGUGAUUGGCUGAUUUGCCAGAGGCUCAUCGCAAGAUUAUAAAUCCGAAGUAAUCUCCGCAUCGGAACCCAACAUAUACCUGCCAUAGGUGACUGCAGCUUACAGGGAAAUUAACUAGGCAUUCGAUAAUCAAUUAAUCGUUACGAUUUACCGAAGGAAGUGAGGGCCACGCGGAAGGUGGAGAUGUUUCAUGAAGUUGGGAAGGUUUCUUCAACUUUUCCCGGAAACGGCUGACCCUCCUUGGCGUCGGAAAAUGACGUGAUUGCGAUUUAAGUAAAGAGGAGAACGCGCGUACGAUUUCAAGAAAUUAAAAAGCAAGUGCAACCCCAGGGGGGUCGUAACUUGGUAGCGCAUCUCGCCGCAACUUUCUUUACCGCUUUCCUGCAAUUUACUUUCAGAAGUAAAAACGAAAAAAGGAAACAAUUUGGAAAGAUAAAUAUUAGGAAGAAUAGAUAGUUGGCGCGGCAAAAGGGAGAGAGGAGAUAAAAGAUAAGAGAAAGGAAGAAAGUUUGGGUCGGAGCUAAUCUGACGUGGGCACUGGAAAAUUCAGAGACAAUAAGCAGGAUGCGAUUCUCCGGUUCUGUUCGGCACUCUACGCAAUUCUACCUUGACCGGUUCAAUUAAAAAAUCAUUUCCAAGUGUCUCCGGAGUUUCCGUAAAUUCAGGACUUGGGGCACUGCAAGGCUCGUGAUUAUGGUGAACGGAUUAUGAAGUGAUCGAUUGACGAGUUAAUCGAAAUCAGCGGAGCGAAAUUGAAAUUGAGCAAAACGAACCAGAGGACCGAAGAAAUAAAAAUAGAUCGAACUAGUGAAGUGCGCGUGUGAAAUAUGUACGGUGUUAAAUAUGUAACGAUUUGUUUAAACUGUCGCAUUUAAUCCAAUUCGACUUAUCAACAAAUGUAGUACAGAGCUGAGUGUAUUUUAGUUUGUAAGACAGAGCAGUAACGCGGUAGUUUCGAAUUCAGUGGGCAUUCAGAUAUAACAAUAAAAACCAAAAGACGAUAAAAAACGAUUUUGUAUCAAAAGAAAAUAUAUAUAGGGUAUUAGUCAAAUAUACAGUUGGAUAUCAUUCUAAUUUAUUAAAUUCAGAUUUAUAAUCGCAUUUUACAGUCAUCUCCAUUAACGUACCCGCCAUCGGGGUUUAUAUAAAUAAAUAAAUAAAUAAAUAAAAUACGAAGGAUAUCACGGAUUUCACGGUUUUAUUCGGAGAUAAAUAAUUCCGGAGGGGUAACGUAGGUAAACGAAAAAUCGCGAAGACAUAUCCGUAUAACAUAUGUUAUAGAGGACGCAGGAUAGACGGACAUGCGCGACGGUCAUGCGGGCUGAUCCGAAGAAACCCUGUUGCUCUCUGCUGCAGUCUUCGAAAGUUAUCGAAAUUCUUGAAAGAUGAGUACCAUCGACUUCGACGACGUGCUCGUGCACGUGGGCGAGAAAGGACGAUACCAAAACAUCAUGUACUACCUGCUUUGUAUACCCGCAACCCUGCCGGCGGCAUUUCUCGCAUUUUCGCAGGUGUUUGUGAGUGCGUCGCCGGAGCACUGGUGCCGAAUUCCCGAAUUGGAGAACUCGAACUUGACCUUGGACCAGAGGAAGGCGUUGUCGUUACCCUACACCCCAAAAUCGGACGGUCGCCGUUCGUAUUCACGUUGCUACAUGUACGAUGUGAAUUACACGGCGAUAAUCGAGGCAUGGCUCCACCAAGAGCAGAUAACGACCUCAAAUUUCACGCGGACAUCCAACAUCGGAGCACCCGGACCACCUCCGGUUGGUAGCACCGAGUGGCCGAUCAGCAAAUGUCAACACGGUUGGAUAUACGACAGGAAGGACUACGACAGCACGCUCGUCACAGAGCUAGAUCUGGUAUGCGACAACAGUUGGUGGCCCUCGACGUCAACGACGUUUUUCUACGUCGGUAGCCUAUUUGGGAACGUCGUUUUCGGGUGGAUAGCCGACAAAUGGGGUCGGAGGACUGCCUUCUUCGCGAUCCUCUUUCUCGAAGUGAUAAUAUCGAUCGCUACCAGUUUCAGUCCCAAUUACGUAAUCUACACCGCACUGAGGACCGUCAACGGCCUGUUCUUCCCCGCAAUCUACCAGAUACCUUUCAUCCUGGCCCUCGAAUUGAUGGGACCCAGAUACAGGACUUUUGCUGGUAUGGUUAUCUGCAUGUUCUUCGCAACGGCGAUGUCCCUUUUAGCUCUGCUGGGGUACUUCCUGAGGAAUUGGUACGCCUUGUCUCUGGCGACGUCCGUACCCUUCGUCCUGCUAUUCAGCUACUACUGGAUAAUUCCGGAGUCCCCCCGUUGGCUGCUGAGCAAAAAUCGCAUCGACGAAGCGGAGGUGAUCGUCCAGCGGAUGGCAAAAGUCAACGGAAAAACUGUGCCAACGAACUUCUUGAGGAAGAUGGAGAUGGACAUAUUGAAGAAGCAGGGCAUCUCCUGCAAUGGAAGGAAUUUCGGCGGUGCCGAAGAUCGACCCCCACCUCCUUCCGCGACCCCGAUGGAUCUGAUCAGAAACCCGAACAUCAGGAAAAAGUUCUUCAUUCUCGCGUUCGACUGGGUAGCCAACGCUGUUGUCUACAACGGGCUUUCCUACAACACCACCAACUUAGGAGUAUCUGACUAUUUGGCGUUUUUUAUCGGAGGCAUCGUCGAGAUCCCAUCAUACUUCAUCACUUGGUACGCGAUGGACAGAUUAGGGAGACGCUGGGUCCUCUGCCUCACGAUGCUACUCGGUGGCGUGGCCUGUGUCUCCUGUAUGUUCGUCCCGGAAGAUGCCGUCUGGGUGACCGUGUCGCUUGCGAUGGUCGGAAAAUUUGGGAUCGCGGCGUCGUUCGCGGUCUUUUACGUUUUCGUCGGGGAGUUACUGCCGACCGUACUCAGGUCACAGGCGAUGGGCAUCGCCUCAUUUAUCGCGGGAAUCGGUUUGCUCACUUUUCCCUACAUCGUCCACCUCGCAGUUUACUCCAGGGUUCUGCCCCUGAUCGUCAUGGGUUCUUUGAGCGUUGCCGGAGCCUUGACGUCAAUCUUUUUGCCGGAAACUCUCAACAUUCAUCUUCCUCAGACUAUAGAGGAGGGAGAACUAUUCGGCGCAGACUUCAAACUCUGGUCUUGUCCCACCGGUGCGAUGAGAAGACCGAAGGGGAACGAAGAAACGGAAAUGCCCGUAAGGUUCCUGGUGAACGGUCGACCGGGAAGUCAAUCGGCCGGCGAUCUCGUUCAAGACGUACCGGAAGCAGCAAGGGUCAGUCUCCAGUGUCCGGAGGACGACCUAGGCGAGAACGAACUCCCGGAAUCCGAUUCGGAAAUACGCCGGGAAGACGAAAAGGUCUGAGCGACGCCCCGCCUUCGGCAUUUGAUGGAGCCAGACCGCGGAACGCGUUCAGAAAUCCGAGACGUUACGAAGGACGACGAGGUCGAGAAAACGGGAACGUUUCACGACAGAUAAAUUCUAACGACUUUGUAUUAUAUCGCUGUAGGCACACAUUGUAUUUAUUUUUCCAUUUAAUAUAUUGUCUUUCGUUUAUAAGAAAAAAAAAAAAAACCAUUCGGGA